AGCCGCAUUCUCUUCCUGUAUAUAUUCGUAAGGAAAACUCAGCGCGACUGUCGUUCGACAUCGCUGCACUUUAAAUAUGCUGACAAUAAGGUAACUUACGAUUAUUAUUAUUUUUUUUUAAGAGAUGGGUACUUACAACUAUUCAUAUUAAAAGCAGUUAAUUGUGACGCUUGACUCCGACGGUAGUAUUGUCCACAUAUAACGUUACGCUAAGCUACAUGUUAACAUUACCCAGACCAGAGGAAUCUCUCUCGGCAGCUGGCAUUGCGGAUUAACUCGUAGCAGUGGAAUAACUGGCUUUUCUCAGGCUGACACAAACCUGUAUUUCCAAAGAUGUCGUGGUUCAAUCAUGUCAGUCAAGGCUCAAAUCAGCAGCAGCCCACUGACAGCCACAGACUCACAGCCACAGACACCCUGUGUAGUACUCUACACUCCAGGCUCAGGGGUCCGACAGAGGGCUCACCGGCCAUGGCAACACAAUACUGGACCGGCUGCUCCAGUCCCAGCCCGGAGGACUUUCCAUCAGCUCCACAGGGUGUAGCCAGCCCUCCCAGCCUCGAGAAGCUGUCUUGCUCUUCUCCGAGUGCACGGCAGGUGAGAGACCCGGAGCCCAUCUCGUAUGUAAGCCUCCAGGAGCAGCGGUGCGUCCUGAGCUGGUUCCAGGGCUGGACCGCCGGUCAGAGGGAGCGGUUCCUGCAGGACCUUCUGGGGAAAGCUGUGCCUGGGAAAGUGUGCACCCUCCUAGACUCACUCAGUACUCUUCAGGUUAAAGACGGACUACCAAACAUAUUUGAAUGCCAGCUGCGCCUGUGGACCCAGUGGUUUGAGUCUUGGGGAGAAGAGGAGAGGAAUCAUUUCCUGCACAUGCUGGAGGAGCGGGACCCAGUUUUUGUUGCCCACUUUUACAGGAGUGUAGCCGGCACAGCAGGAAGAGACUGAGCAAUGUUUGCAUUGGGAUUGAAAAGCAAAUGAUUACAACAAAAUGUGUUAAAGAGGUGACAUAGUGGGAAAUGUGUAUUAGAGCUGAGAUAAUACUCUUGAGAGAAAUGUUUGUGUAGCUGUGAUGGGACUUAUUGUUGAAGGUAAACCAUUUCAUUGUAAGAACAGACGUGUUCAUUCAAUAUAAGCUGUUUUUAUUCUGUUUCCCGCACUGGUUUCUCCAGGGCUGCAUUACACAUUAUACCAGUUUUUUUAUAAAGUUCCGAACUCUUUGCUCGAUGCUUUCAUCAUUGGUGAAGCUCUGCCAUUUAGUGACACAAUGGUGUGAACUUGGAAAAAAACAGGUUUAACAUCUGGCUAAAGAUGUUAACUGAAUGUUUCUGUACUGGGCCUAGUGACUAAAACACCUGGACUGACAUGGACAAGAGGACAAAUCCUUUUUCAAACAUGAAGGAAUAAAGAAAAUGCAGCGUUG